AUGCGGGGCUGGCUGCUGCUGGCGGCGCUGGGCUGGCUGCUGCCGGCGGGGGCCGCGGCCAGCGGCGAGUACUGCCACGGCUGGCUGGACGGGCAGGGCGGCUGGCGGGACGGCUUCCAGUGCCCCGAGCGCUUCGACGGCGGCGACGCCACCAUCUGCUGCGGCAGCUGCGCCCUCCGGUACUGCUGCUCCAGCGCCGAGGCGCGCCUGGACCAGGGCGCCUGCGACAACGACCGGCGGCAGGGCGGCGGCGAGCCCGGCCGCCCCGGGAUGGAUGGCCCCGGGGGUGUCUCCGUGCCCAUCUACGUGCCGUUCCUUAUCGUGGGAUCUGUGUUUGUCGCCUUCAUCAUCUUGGGGUCACUGGUGGCAGCUUGCUGCUGCAGAUGCCUGCGGCCCAAGCAGGAGCCCCAGCAGAGUCGAGCCCCUGCGGGCACCCGCCUGAUGGAGACGAUCCCCAUGAUCCCAAGUGCCAGCACCUCCCGGGGCUCCUCCUCCCGCCAGUCGAGCACGGCUGCCAGCUCCAGCUCCAGCGCCAACUCGGGGGCCAGAGCUCCGCCAACGAGGUCCCAGACCAACUGCUGCUUGUCAGAAGGGACCAUGAAUAAUGUCUAUGUCAACAUGCCCACGAACUUCUCGGUGCUGAACUGCCAGCAGGCCACGCAGAUCGUGCCGCACCAGGGCCAGUACCUGCACCCGCAGUACGUGGGCUACGCCGUGCAGCACGACUCGAUGCCGCUGACCCCGGUGCCCCCCUUCCUGGACGGCCUGCAGAGCGGCUACAGGCAGAUCCAGUCCCCCUUCCCACACACCAACAGCGAGCAGAAGAUGUACCCGGCUGUGACUGUGUAGCGCUGACGCCUUCCCCUCCCCAUCCCCACCCGGCCGCUUUUAAUAUCUGAACUGAACGGAGGAGAAAUACUUCCUUGGAACAAAGCUCCCAGAACACCACUUGUAAAUAAUUUUGAAAGGCUCAUGCAUGUCAGACAGUGUUUAUAAACCAUUUAUUUUCGUCGGGGUCUGUUGCCAGGAACUGUAAGGAUGAUAUCUCGGAAUUAACGUUGCCAGAUACGCUCUCAUUCCAGCGCGUGAUUUAUGGCGGCGAAGGAUUAUGUUGGAAAUGCAUAUGUAUUUCAGAUCACUGUACUCAUGAGAUAAAUGUCAGAGCCGUUAAGUGCCCUUCAGGUAUGACAUGGUCACAAGUAUUUGCCUAAUUAAUUCUAGAAAGAGUUUUGUUACACUGUACAAGACCGUAGUACUUCAGAAACCUCUCCGCUCCCAGCUCCAUAAUGACAUUUCCCGUUGCUUUACAGACAAUCAGAACUGAGAGCCGAACAGUGCAAUCCCUGUGUGCCAGGAGCUCCCAUGGCUUCUUACACACGAGCUUUGGGGUGAAAUGCCACCAGAGGCUUGGUCUUGCAAAGACCAAUUUUCUUUGUAUUAUGUAGGAAUUAGAAGAGUGAAUUAUUCUGCUCUUCUUUCUGGUGCACUUGAAACCUUCUUGAUUUGGUUUUGUACCAAGAUCAGGACCCAGUGGUGUUUUGCAGAGACUAUCUUUGUGAACGUUUUACUAAAACCAGGGUACGAGGUGCUUGCUCUUCAUGACACUCAGCAAAGCUUUUGGUACAGCUGACAGUGUCUGAACUGAACCUGCCUUGGCAAAGGUCAGACUGUGAUUCCAAACAUGCCUGAUUUAACCUCACUUCCCAUAAAACAGGAAAUCCAUGUGAAUGCCCACGAAGGUGUCAGCCCCAAAGCCUGCUUGCAUUGGAUUCUGCCUGUAGGAAAAUGGACUUUAUCUUGUUCCCCACGAACCCAUUCCGAGUCCCCUGCCCUACCCCGUGGGAGUGGGAGAGUGUUACAUAGAACCCAGCUGGGAUGUGAGUGGGUUGGUGGAGGUUUGAAAUCCAUCCUCUUUUCUUCUUUACCCAUGUGGCAGGGGACUAGGGAGGCACAGCUGUAUUUAGAAAUAAGGAGAAAGGCCCAGCUAGAGGAGAAAGGUGCUUGUGGUGUCACAGGGCUC